AUGGGUCGCUUCACCUCCAUUGCUGCUUCGGCGGCUCUCCUCGCCCUCGCCUCGGCCCAGACCUUCCAGCGCCUGGGAACGUGCCCUACCCUCGGCUGUAUCCUGCCCCCGGACCAGGCCGACUUCUUGCCCGGCCAGUACUUUGACCUUCGUUUCGAGGUCCACGCCCCGGUCAACGGCUCCGAGGCCUUCAACAAUGGCGUCCCUGAUGAGCAGUUCUCCGUGUCCAUUACCAAGGAGGGUGGUGAGACCAAGAGCAUCACCGAGUUCUUCAAGGUGAAGGAGCCCGCCCUCGAGAAAUGGAACUUCACGUGGUACGAGGACCUCUUCGCUGUUGACGCCAAGACCCCCUCGCUUGUCAACGUCGCCUCCAAGGUCUUCCGCCAGCUCGCCAUCUACGAGCCCGGCAACUACGCCGUCACCCUCAACUUCUACGGCUCCGAGCAGACCGUCGCCAAUUGGGUUGUCCGCCCUCUGGCCACCAAGCGCAAGGCCAAGAACGUCAUCCUCUUCAUUGGUGAUGGCAUGACCACCAACAUGAUCACUGCUGCCCGUCUCCUUGGCCACAAGAGCAUCAACGGCAAGUACCAGUCGCUUCUGAAGCUCGAUGAGUUCCCGGUUAUUGGCCACCAGAUGACCCACUCCAUCGACAGCUUCAUCACCGAUAGUGCCAACUCUGCCUCUGCUCUGUACUCCGGUCACAAGAGUACUGUCAACGCUAUGGGUGUCUACGCAGACUCCUCAAAAUCCACCUUUGAUGACCCCAAGGUCGAGACCAUCAUCGAGCUGCUCGUCCGCAUCUGGGACUCCGCGUGGGGCGCCGUCUCCACUGCUGCCAUUGCUGAUGCCACCCCGAUCGCCCUAGCUGGCCACUCCCGCUCUCGCUACGACUACGGCUAUCUUGUUGAGACCACCCUUAACGGCCUCUCCAACUACACUUGGACCAAGAGCGGAGGCCCUGACGUCUGGUUCGGUGGUGGUGCCGAGCAGUUCUACCCCGGCAAAGACAGCUUCAACGGCCAAGACUACUACGCCAAGUUCGCCGAGGCUGGCUACGCCAUUGCCAACAACAAGACUGCUCUAGCUGCUCUUGGCAAUGACAAGCGUGCUCUCGGCAUCUUCUGCAAGUCUCACUUCCCUGUCUGGCUUGAUCGCAAUGUCCUCAAGGACAAUCUCUCGGGCUUCAAGAACGACCCCUUCGCUGGCAAGGAGCCUGCUCUUGACCUCCCCGGCCAGAAGGAGAUGACUCUCAAGGCCAUUGACAUUCUGCACAAGCGCGGUGGCGACAAGGGUUUCUUCCUCAUGUCUGAGGCUGCGUCCAUUGACAAGCAGAUGCACGCUCUGGACUACGACCGUGCUCUCGGUGACCUCCUUGAGCUUGAUGACACCGUCCGUGCCACAAUUGCCCACCUCGAGGAGAUUGGCGAACUCGAGAACACUCUCGUGCUUGUCACCUCUGACCACGGUCACGGCUUCGACGUCUUCGGUGGCGCCGACACCAAGUACCUGACCGAGGCCACUGGCGACCGCCAGAAGCGCCGUGCCGUCGGCACCUACGCCGAGUCUGGCCUGUCUCAGUACACCGUGCCCGUCGAGGGCGUCUCGUACGGCACUGGCCCCAACUUUCCCGUCAACUGGGACCCACGCUACGCCAUUGCCUCCGGCUUCUCUGCCAACCCUGACCACCGCGAGAACUACAAGCUCAACCCCAAGCCUCGUAAGGUUGUCGAGGAGCUCGUUGAUGACGACUACUACGUCAACCCCAGCGACGCUCCUGGCGGCUUCGUCGUCAACGGCACCCUCCCCGUCUCUGAGUCUUCGGGUGUCCACUCGCUCACCGAUGUCGCUGUCUUUGCCAUGGGCCCUUGCCAGGAGACUUUCGGUGGAGUCUACGGCAACAUUGACAUCUUUUACAAGAUGGCCAACUGCCUUGGCCUUGCCCGCCCUGACGCUGGCAAGGGCGGGAGCUGCGGCAGCCACUAA